AUGCACCGAUCCUACCUCCCUCAUGCAAAGGCCAAAGAUGGCCAGCGGAAGGUUUCCCCUUCUGGGCCGUCGUACAUGUCGAAUGACCAGAUCGCAAAUUACUUGAAAGAUCUACGGACAAACCGUCCAGCACGCCCGAGCGGAUCCAGACCUCUUCCUACGAAAACACCCAGUUCGGGUUCUCGUGACGAUUUACCCCCACGGGCUGCGUCGGCCAUGUCAACGUACAGUAAUUCUGCAAGGUCGCCUACCAAACCGGCGGCCGACGUUGAUCCACCCCGAGCCACCAGUUCUCUAUCAAACCAUCGCCCGUUCUCUCCUCGAGGCUCUCUGUAUGGCUCGCCAGGACGUUCCGUGCAGGAACCAAGGACCAUUCCCGUUCGUCAGAAUAUUUCCCCGACUAGAGUGCAUUCCCGGUUUAGUCCCCCUUCGCCCGGGAUGUAUCGUGAGAGCAACCAACGUCGUUUUGAGAGAGAGCAGGCGAGGUCGCUGCGGAAUGCGCUGGAGGAAAUGAAUGUCCACGAAGAAGAGGAUGAAGAAACUCGGAUCCAAAGGGCGGCACAAGAUGAGGCCACGGAACUUGUGUGGAUGCAUCAGAAUCCGGGCAUGGCCUCAAAGAACCCAUAUGCUCCUUAUCGGAAUCCUGACGUUGACCGUUUUCGAGGCUCGCCAUCGAAAAUUAACCCCCCUGCCCAACCUUCAGGACCCUCGAGCCCCCGGCGGAAUGGCCUGUUCCGCUCAUCAGUGUCUGAGACUCCUUCAGCUAGUGCAGGUUCGAAGGGAUUGAGUGGCAGUCCCACACGCGACACGCAACAAGAAAGGACAGGCUCAGACGAAACUACCAGCCCUAGAAAAUAUGGCUCGCUACGAAAGAGUCUUAGAGUUAACUUUUCAAUGCCUCGUGAACAGCAAAGCCCUUCAAAAUCGCGAGAUGGUGCUUGCGGGCUAGGUCUUACAAAUGUCGCCAGCGACUCGAAUCGUGGUAUCUUUAGAAACCCCAAUGAUCACAUAUACGAGGAACCUACCGGCUCCCCUCCCAAAGAAGGGGACGAGCGCCCUGAUUUCUCGAGAUCUGAUUCAUCUGCUCUGAGGUCAAAACCACGCAAUGCACUUCCUCGUGGUUCGCGGCCGCUUCCAGGACGAUUGGGUAGCAUUCCAUUUGUUGACAAGCUGUCUCGUUUUGAACUCCACAAGCACCCUCCAACCCAAUCGCGCAAUGCCGAAUACAAGACCAAUGACCCGACACCCAAAUCGAAACCCGAAGAAGAAGUCUUUGAGGAACCCAGUCCUGCGACGAAAGAUGGUCUGGAGAUUCGCAGCGACGAUAUCAGGGCGGCAACUAGUAAGAAGCUCAAAGAUCGCAGUAGCAAACUCCCCAUGCCGACAGCCGUCAGUGACCGCACCGGCCGGCCGAUUGUGAGUUUUGAACCAGCCUGGAAACCGACCGAGGCGCAGUCGCCCCCUAAGCCGGAACCCGCCGCUCCCACGCGCCCCGUGGUACCUGCUGCGCCCACGAUAGAAGUGUCGGAGCCGCCCGCAAUUCCGGUCAUCAACGUACCGGAUGAGAGGGAGCCUACCAUUUCCGAAAUGGGCGGUGGUUCAGCUCAGGCCGCCUCCAAUCAGCCGCGUGCUCGCCCAAGUCCACCAAAGAGCGGUCAAAGCUCCAGUUCGUCACCAAGGAAGCCCGCUCGUGCACUGCAGGAUCGGUGGCUCUCAGCAUAUACCCGUUCUGGAGUCCCAACGGCAAAAUGUGAAUCAUGCUCGCUUCCGAUUGCAGGGAGAAUUGUAACAGCUGCUGGAACACGAUUUCAUCCGGAAUGCUUUGUAUGCUUCCAUUGCCAGACGGCCCUUGAAUGUGUUGCGUUCUACCAGGAGCCCGAGGCCAAGCGGUACGAAAGAUUGGCUGACGCGUCAGCGUAUGAUGAAGAGGCGCGCACGUUGAGAUUCUACUGCCAUCUUGAUUUCCAUGAAAUCUUCAGCCCUCGCUGUAAGAGCUGCAAAACCCCUAUUGAAGGGGAGGUUGUCGUAGCAUGUGGAGCAGAAUGGCACGUCGGUCAUUUCUUCUGCGCCGAAUGUGGUGAUCCUUUUGACCAAGACACCCCGUUUGUAGAGAAAGAUGGUUUUGCCUGGUGUUUACAAUGCCAUUCGCGCCGUACUGCUCCUCGGUGUCUUGGCUGCAAGAAACCAGUCCUCGACGAUGUUGUCAUCACAGCAGUCGGUGGGCAGUGGCAUGACGAGUGUUUCAACUGCCAUGAAUGUGGUAGCGGACUGGGCACUGAUGGAAGAUACUUCGUCCGCGAAGGCGAACCCAAACGAACUGCCAAAGGUCGUAUCAUCGGCGGCCCUGUCCAACUAGCCGUUUGUGAGCGAUGUGAAGGCAUCCGAUUGAAGGCCACUCCUUAG